AUGACGACUAAUAGUGGUACCGGCCAGAUUCCAGUCAUUGACAUCUCAGGCACCAUACCAGAAGCCGAAGUAGCCAAGCAACUUGUCGACGCUGCUGCAACAUAUGGAUUUGUUUAUAUCAAGAAUCAAGGGAAAGACAUUCCUGUGGAGGCAAUAGAUAAUACAUUUAGUCUGUCAAAAAAAUUCUUCUCCUCUCCAAUUGAGGAAAAGGAACCAUGCAAGAUCACAGAAAAUAACCGAGGAUGGUCAGGGAUGCAUUCAGAGACGUUGGAUCCUGCAAGUCAAAGGGUCGGAGAUUUCAAAGAAGCUAUGAACCUUGGAGAGUUUGUCCAAGGCAAAGCACAACAACCAUUGCCUCCCGCGUUUGUAGACAAGGAAGCCGACCUCGACGAAUUCCAGAAAUACUGUCACGCCAUGAUGAUGAAAAUCCUAACCCUCUUCGCAAUCGGCCUCCAGAUCGAUCCCUCAUCCGGCGGCUCGACCUGGUUUUCAUCCCGCCACAUCGGCGGCCCAUCUGGAUGCACUUUACGCCUUCUCCACUACCCCUCCAUCCCUUCCUCCUCAGACUUCAAACCCGAAGUCGACAUCCGCGCCGGCGCCCAUUCAGACUACGGUUCCAUCACGCUCCUCUUCCAGCGCCCGGGUCAACCGGGCCUCGAAAUCAUCCCCCCAGAUUCUCAACCCACGAACCGCGAUUUCGGCGCCACUGCAGCAUGGACGCCCGUGCCCGUCUUCCCUCCUUCCACUGAAUCAGAUCCUAGUCCGCCUAUUCUUGUUAAUAUCGGUGAUUUGCUGAGUCAUUGGACGAAUGGGCUGUUUAAGAGUACAGUGCAUAGAGUGGUAUUUCCGAAGGAAGGAAGAGAGGGCGGUGAGGAUAGGUAUAGUAUUGCUUAUUUUGGACAUCCGGUGGGGAGUACGGUGUUGGAGGCUGUGCCGAGUGAGAUAGUAAAGUCGCUGCGGAAGGAAGGAGGUGGUGAGGGCGAGUUCGUGAACGCUAUGACGGCAGAUGAGCAUUUGGUGGGGAGGUUAAAGGCUACGUAUUUGGGGAUGUAUAGGGAUGGUGAGGGGGAGGUCAGCGGGAAGGUUGCGGCUGCUUGA